AUGCAAACAAAAGCAAGGAAAAGCUUAUUUGAGGGCACGUCAGCUUCGCUUAUAGUCAGUCGACCACGAAGCGCUGUGCCUCACCCAUCACCACCUCACUCCUGCUCCAUCCUUCACCUCUCACCUGCCAUAACCACGCCCUCACCCUCACCCUGCCCAUCACCCACCCUUCACCCUCACUGCCCAUUCACCCACCCGCUUACCCUCACGCGCUGCCCAUCACCAUACCCAUCACCUCUCACGCUUGCCCACACCCACCCGCUCAGCCCUUCGAACCUGCCGCAUCACCAUCCCGUCACGCUCUCACCUGCCCAUCACCCGCACCCUCAGCCCUCACCUGCCAUUCAACUACCCCUCACCCUCAACUCUGUCCGAUGCAGCCACCACCCCCUCACCUCCACCUCCCAUUCAUCCCAUCCCUCAACCUCACCUCCCAAUCACCCAUCCCUCAACCCUCACCUGCCCAUCACCUAUCCAUCACCCUCAUUCACUGCUCGCAUGGCACGCCUCCUUCAACUCCUCACGCUGCCCAUAUCAUGCCCAACCCUCACCCUCACUGCCCAUCCGCACCCACCCCGUCACACCUUACCUGCCCAUGUUCACGCCCCACCCCUCAACACCUCAACCUGCCAGCAUACACUCUACCCCUCAGCCCUCACCUAUGCCCUCCAAUACACCCUACCAUCACCCUCACCUGCCCAUCACUCCACCCCUCACCGCUCACCUGCCCAUCACCUACCAUCACCCUCACCUGCCCCUUCACCUAACCCUCACCCUCACCUGCCCAUCACCCAUACCCUACCCUCACCUGCCGCAUCACCCACACCCUCAACCGCUCACCUGCCCAUCAGCCUACCCCUACUCACCUGCCGCAUGACUCCACCCGCUUACCUGUCUCACCUGCCCAUUGACCCAAACCCUCCCCUCACCUCUGCCCUUGUCCCUAUGGCCCACUCACCCUCACCCUGCACCUGCGCGCAUGCACCCACCCAUACACCCUGCACAGUGGUUGGGGCUAUAAUGCGGAGUCUUGUGUGUUGGUUUCAGUACCGUGCCUCCUCACUCUAG